AUGUCGGAUCCGGCGAAUGAUACGAUCAGGAAUGCGGAGAAAUCGGUCAACAAUCGCAACUGCAUGUAUUGCGAGGAAGUUGAUAGCGAAGAUGACAUGGUCCAAUGCGACAUGUGUAGCUUUUGGAGCCACUAUCAAUGUGCGGGAGUUACCGAGGCAGUGAAGAGUGUGCCAUGGAACUGCACGAAAUGCAGUAAUUUGUUGCACGUUCCCAAAAUAAGGAAACCAGUUAAAAAGAACGUUUCCAAACGGACGGGAAGUGCCAAAAGCGAUGUCGGAACGGAGCCUCGAGAAGGUCGGCCAUCGAUUCAAGAAUCUCUGAGCCUUCUCGAACAAGAAUCGGCUGCGAUCGAGCAGCAAUUGCAGGAGGAGAAAAUACUGCACGACAAACGCUUGGAAUUGGAGAGAUCGGUGAACGAAAAAAGGCGUGCGCUUCAACAAAAGAUGCAGGAGGAAAAACUUCGCCAAGAGAAGCUGCAACUAGAACAGCAAUUGGCGGACCACAAGGACUUCUUGAUCCGGCAGAAGCAGAUGCGCGACCAGUUCCGGAAAAUGAAAGCCGAUCUGAGUCAGGAGUUUGAGAGCGAGGAAGAGGACAGCGAUCCGGAUGUUGGUUCCACGAAGACGAAGGCGUGGAUAGAGACGCAAGAAGAUCCCCGCGGCGCUUACCCCAAGAAGCCGGCAGCAGCGCCAAGGAGUUUUCCUCUCACUGUGCGUAACGCGUUGGAGGAACGGCAUGGCGAGACAGAUUCGGAACAGAGCGGGAUUGGGCGCCAACGCAAGCACGAACCAUUGGCGACGUCAUCGAAAGGCGAGGCUCAAGCGGAGAAGAAGAAAAACGUAGACUCCGACCAUCGUUUCAAAGAGCUGUUGGAGCAUUAUUUGAGGGCAAAUGGGUCGCAACAGGAGCCGGAAGCAUCCGAACCGGAAGAGUCUGAGCUGGAAAAGCUUGAACAGGCUUUGAUUAGGAAGUUGUUAGAACGUAACACGUUAGGACGAGCUUGUAGUGUUAGUUCAGGGCCGACUAAAGAACAGUUGGCUGCACGACAAGCUGCGUCCAAACAUCUUCCUACUUUUCGAGGCGAGCCAGAGGUGUGGCCCCAAUUCAUCAGUUGCUUCGAAUACACCACGGAGGCGUGUGGAUACACCAAUACCGACAAUUUGAAGAGACUUCAAGACAGCCUUCAAGGACUAGCCAAGGAAGCAGUACAAAGCCGAUUGCUCAUGCCUGAGUCGGUGCCUGAGGUCAUCGAAGAUCUGCGUCAACUGUUCGGUAAUCCGGAAAAGCUGUUGAAGUCACUGAUGGCGAAAGUGCGGAAGGUACAAGCCCCUCGAGUGGACAAAUUAGAGUCGUUCCUGUACUUCGGGAUCACGGUAAAGCAGUUGUGUGAUCACCUUGUUGCGGCCAAGCUACACGACCACUUGAGCAACCCCAUGCUGGUAGCGGAACUCGUCGAUAAGCUGCCAUCCGAUUAUCAAUUGGAUUGGGUACGCUUUAAGAGAGGUAGGACUGAUCUUCCUCUUCGUAUGUUUGCCGAUUUCAUGAAGGGAAUCGUGUCGGAAGUUUCUGAGGUGGCUGACUUCAACGGGGAGCAGAACACUGCGGUUGCGGAAGGACGGCGAAUGUACAAAAGGAAGGAGCGCGUGAAUACCCACGACACUAAAGUGUUUCCGGUCGUGCAGAAUACGAUGCCGGCGAGAACGAGAAAACCCUGCCCGAUGUGCAAUCGCACAGACCACAAACUAAGGUUCUGUGACGAUUUUUCGUCGAUGUCAUUACCGGAUCGUCAAAGGUUGGUCGAUAGACUCAAGCUGUGCAACAUUUGUCUGUGUGACCAUGGGAAGAUAAAGUGCACCUUCAAAGUACGGUGCGAGAUACGGAGCUGCAAAGGAAACCACCACACGCUGCUGCACAGGCACGAGGAAGCAGUUAACGUUACCGUGGCGGAAUGCAACCCACAUCAUAAUGUCGAUCGGUCAGUAAUCUUCCGAAUGAUACCGAUUACUUUGCAUCAUGGAGGAAAGGCGGUUCAAACCUUGGCGUUCCUGGACGAAGGAGCUUCAACAACACUUGUUGAGAGCUCUCUAGCAGAAUCGUUGGGCGUCGAGGGAACUCCGGAACCCCUGGUCAUCGUGUGGACAGGAAAUGUUAAGCGGAAUGAAGAUAGUUCGAGGAAAAUCGACCUGCUGGUAUCUGCCGUGGAUUCUCGUAGAAAGUUCAUGAUGUCUUCUGCCCACACUGUCGGAGAAUUGAAGCUGCCUCUACAUAAGGCCUGUUACAGAAGCAUCGUAGAUAAAUAUCACCACUUAGAUGGAGUUCCUUUGUCGAGUACCAAAAUGGAAGUUCCCAGAGUUCUUAUAGGCCUCGACAACCUACAUCUAUUCGCCCCUCUGGAGUCCAAGGUUGGUGCCCCGGGAGAACCGAUAGCCGUGCGUUCAGCGCUGGGUUGGGCAAUCUACGGUCCUGAUUCGAGACUUGAGCAGCAGCAGCAUCACUAUUUGAACCAUCAUCUUGUUCAAAGCUUGAACAAUCGUCAGCUUCACGAUCUGAUGGCGGAGCAGUACGCUCAGGAAGAGCUUCAUGUAGCACAAGGCAAUCCCAUAGAAUCGGAGGAAAUCCAGAGGGCCCGUGAGACCCUUGAAUCGACAACUGUCCGAGUAGGAGACCGCUUCGAAACGGGGCUACUUUGGAAGCAGGAGCCUGUUUUUCCAGAUAGCUAUCCGAUGGCGCUGAACCGACUGAAGAGCCUGGAACGACGUUUUCAACGAGAGCCGCAUAUGAAACAGAACGUGAACCAGCAGAUUGAAUACUACCUGGCCAAAGGCUACUGUCAUAAGGCCACAGCAGAAGAGCUGAAGAGUACCAAUCCUUCUUCCGUGUGGUAUCUUCCUCUUAAUGUCGUGCUGAAUCCUAAGAAGCCGCAUAAGGUACGUUUGGUGUGGGAUGCAGCGGCCAAAUCGCAGGGAGUUUCUCUCAAUUCUUACCUGCUCAAAGGCCCCGAUCUAUUGGCAUCACUUCCGGCGGUCAUCAGCAAGUUUCGAGAGCGACGAGUUGCAGUGGGAGGUGACAUCAAAGAGAUGUACCAUCAGCUCAGGAUUAGAGAGGCAGACAAGCAGGCGCAAAGGUUUCUUUUCCGGUUCCCGGAAGACGAUCAUCCUACCGUUUUCGUCAUGGACGUGGCCACCUUCGGCGCUGCCAGUUCUCCAUGCUCGGCGCAAUACGUCAAGAACCUGAAUGCCCAACAGUUUUCCACUCGUUAUCCAGCAGCAGCACAGGCCAUCGUUCAUCGCCAUUAUGUCGAUGACUACUACGACAGCUUCGACACCGAAGAGGAAGCCAUCGAGCGAACCAGAGAGGUACGUUGGAUCCACUCGAAAGGUGGAUUCGAGAUCACCAAUUGGACGUCUAACUCUACAGCUGUUCUUCGAAGUUUGGGAGUGGGUGGUGGCUCCAGAGAGUCAAUCCAUUUGAACCAAGACAAGGUGACGGAUUACGAACGAGUUCUCGGCAUCAUGUGGGACACACAGAACGACGUGUUUUCCUUUGCGGUACCCAUAAACGCAGCAGCUACAGAGGCAGAACCACCAAAGAAAAGGGGAGUCCUGAGCACGGUCAUGUCGCUGUUCGAUCCAAUCGGCCUGUUGGCUCCAUUUACGGUGUUGGGAAAGAUGCUCAUGCAAGACCUGUGGCGAGCGGGUUGCGACUGGGACCAGCGAAUCGACGGAGAGUGCCUGGAUAAGUGGCGACAGUGGGUCGCGAUGUUUUCUCUGGUUGAGGGUGUUCGGAUUCCAAGAUGUAACUUUGGCUCGACACCUUCUGACCGAUUUGGCCAAAUACAGCUACAUAUCUUUAGUGAUGCCGGGGAGAAUGCGUACGGAAGCGUUGCGUAUCUACGGAUUUGUGUGGAAAAUACCGUAAAAUGUUCGUUGGUGAUGGCUCGAUCGAAAGUAGCACCGAUAAAACUUCUUUCCAUUCCACGGCUUGAACUGAAAGCAGCAGUCUUGGGAGCGCACCUGAGUCACACCGUUAAGAACAACCAUUCCCUUCCUAUUCAUCAAAUUUUCUACUGGAGUGAUUCUCGAACUGUUCUCUCCUGGAUUCAAUCCGACCAACGUCGUUAUCAACCGUUCGUCGGCUUCCGUAUCGGAGAAAUUCUGAGUCUCUCCAAGCUGACAGACUGGCGCUACGUUCCAACCAAGCUAAAUGUAGCAGAUUCGCUCACCAAAUGGGGUCGUCUUCCGGAUCUUUCGAGCGAAGGUUCAUGGUUUCGUGGCCCGGAGUUCCUGUACCAGCAGCCGUCGGAAUGGCCUCAACAGAAUCUUCCCGCUGCAAAUACACGAACGGAAAUCAAGGCAAUACACCUUUUUCACGGUGUUGAGCUUCCAAGUUGCUUUAUCGACGUGACUAGAUUUUCGAAGUGGAAUGUUGCAGUUCGCACCGUGGCAUGCAUUUUCCGAUUCAUCUCCAACUGCCGGCGCCGAGCCGCUGGCAAAUCCAUCGAAGCAGUCCUUUCGACUCCAAAGCUUAAAAAGCUCAUCAAGGUUGAAAUUCCCUUUGUAGUGGUUCCGUUGCGGCAAGACGAGCAUCGAUGUGCCGAAAAUACUCUCUUCAGGUUGGCUCAGAGCGAGUCGUACAGCGACGAAAUCAAGAUAUUGAAGAAGAAUGCAGAAUUACCUUUUCAAAAUUGGUUUCCACUAGAAAAGUCCAGCCCUCUCUACAAGCUUGUGCCCUUGAUCGACGCCGAUGGUGUGUUGAGGAUGGAAGGUCGUUCUGAAAAGGCAGAGUUCCUCCCUUUCGACCUUCGCUUUCCAAUAAUUCUACCAAGAUCUCACUACGUUACAGAUCUUUUAAUUCAACAAUACCAUGAAAGGUUUGGGCAUGGAUUUCGAGAGACGGUGAAGAAUGAAAUCAAGCAACGUUUUCUGAUUAGCGGUCUUACCAAUUUGAUAAGACGAACCGAACGAAGCUGCGUGUGGUGUAAGGUCCGAAAAUGUCUGCCGAAGAAUCCACGAAUGGCUGCACUUCCUGUACAAAGAUUAACUCCAUUUAAACGUCCAUUUAACUUCGUGGGCAUUGAUUACCUGGGUCCUGUUGAAGUCGUCGUCGGCCGCCGCAGAGAAAAACGCUGGGUUGCGGUGUUCACGUGCAUGGUUGUUAGAGCGGUGCAUUUGGAAGUUGUCCACAGUCUUACCGCGCAAUCAUGCAUCAUGGCGAUCCGCCGUUUCAUCAGCCGCCGAGGUCCAGCCUCCGAAUACUUCACAGACAACGGGACGAACUUCCGAGGUGCGAGUAAGGAGAUAAUCCAACGGGUACGAGAAAUUGAUGCUGUUUGUGCCGAUGAAUUUACGACUGCUAUCACGAGUUGGCACUUCAUCCCACCUGGAACACCCCACAUGGGAGGGGCGUGGGAAAGGAUGGUGCGCUCGGUGAAGCAAGUCAUGGCCGCUUUGGACGACGGGCGUCGAUUGAACGACGAAAUCCUCCUGACUACGCUUGCUGAAACUGAGGACAUGAUCAACAGCCGGCCCCUAACUCUUGUAACCACGGACUCAGUGAUGGGUGCACUUUGUCCAAAUGUCUUCCUGCGAGGUUCAGAUCCCAACGAGCCGCAUGAAGUCAUUCAACCUACGCAUCCUGCAGAAGCACUUCGGGAUGCUUACAAGAGAUCGCAGCAGCUGUCCGACGAGUUAUGGAAGCGGUGGAUUAGAGAGUACGUGCCGACAGUCAACCAACGGUCCAAGCAGUCGACGCAAAGCAUGGGUUCGAGGAGUCAUCGAGGAGCCGAUCGUUUCUGGUGA